AUGGCUCCAUAUCCAAGGGAUGAGCAACCUGGUCCUCCAGAGAAAAUGGUAGGAACAUUAAAGGAGCAGCUAGAUUCAAUCACCCCAGCUCUGCGGGAGAUGCAAUUAAGAAAACAAGAGAGGGUGAAACAAUUCCAAGCUGUGCAAGGUCAAAUUCAGAAAAUAUCUGCAGAAGUAGCAGGCCAAUCAGAAUACGAUGAUUCAUCAUCAAAUGUAAUAGUUAACAAGAAUGAUCUUUCACUAAAAAAACUUGAGGAGUACCAAAUUGAGCUUCAAAGAAUUCACAAUGAGAAAGUAAAGCAAUCAGCAAUUUGCUUCGUAAGGGGCUCUAUCAACUUCACAUUGAAUUAA